UCAGAAAACAACAAACGCGAAGCACAUCAAGUCCGCAAAAAAUGGAAGAUUCCUCUCGGUUCCUCGCCAACCAAACCGAGUUAAACUCGACGCAGCAGGAUGAACUCCAGCAAGAGUACCGUAAAUAUUACAAAACAUCGCUGAUAGUCGCUUUGCUCAAACAGACGGAUGCUCCCAUUUCGGUGGAACACAGAGCGUUACUCGGAAUGUACAAGCACGAAACAGACGUUCCAUUCGGUUUGGACCAUAUUCGUACCAUAAAUCUGGACUACAACGAGCGGCAAUCGAUUGGCAAGUAUGUUGAAGCGAAAAUUAUCGAACAGGUACGACCCUUCGUGGACAAGGCAAAACGGUUCACCGACAACAGAUUGGAUGAUCUGGCCAUUGCGCCCUUUGGCGAGCAAAACGAAAUCCUCCAGUUCGACAUAGAACGGCAGCAGUUGUCCGCCAAAUUAGCGAAACUCAAAACGCAAAAGCUACAGCUGAUGAAAGCCUGUGCCGACAUUCGCACAGGGCCGUAUCAGCGAAAUAAUGUUGAAUUGAAGCACGCUGAAACCAGGCUGUUGCAGGCGAAGGCGGAGUUGGUGUUCAAGCUGACAAAGAACGAAAUACUCAACUGUACUCCACACGCUAUGAAAGCCAUCAAGGAGGUGGCAGCGAAUGUUAGCACACUGUUGGGCAACGAUCAUUAAAAUGAGUGUAGGUUUUUUUUUAUUACAAUAAAAUAAUUUUUCAAUAGUUACAUUCCCACGCA